AAAUAAAUAUACAUACAUAUGAUAGGUACAGAACUACAGACAGAUGUGAGUAAUAAAUCGGCGAUAUAUCAUAUAUCGACGUCGUUACUUUAAUUCGAUUCGAGUAUUCUCUGCAGAACUGUCUCCAUUAGUAAUUAAUUAAUUCAAAUAUCAACAAUAAUUAAUAAAUAAAUACAAAUCUACUAUAAGAAAAAAGGUGCACAUAUAAAUGAUGAAAAGCACCUAGGGUUUGAAAAGAGGUUAUGUUGGGUACAAUUUUAGGGCAAACAAAAACAAGAGGAAGCAAUAGAAAGGGCAAAUUCGUUACUUUACUGCUAUUGGCGGUGGUUCUAUUGAUGUUCGACGUCUUCUCCGGCGGUGGUGGUGAUGAUCGUCGGACUGGUUUUGUUGAAGGAAAGAACGACGGCGGUAGCGGCGGUGUUGGUGUGAUUUAUUGGAUGACCGGCGGGAGUGUUACCGGUGGCGGUUAUGGAAAUCAAUCUAAUGUCGGAAUAGCUAUCGCCGUGACGGUCAUGGCUGGUCUCGCCGUGGCCGCCACUCUUGUUUACUCCAAUAGGGGCCACCUUCAAUCACCUUGGUCAAGAAGGAGAAGAAAACAUGCUCUUCAGCCAAAACAAUGGAAAGCUUUAUUUGAUGAAGAUGGAAGGCUUUGUGAUGGUGGAGUGAAAUUCUUGAAGAAAGUUAGAAAUGGAGGUGUUCAUCCUAGCUUAAGAGCAGAAGUUUGGCCAUUUCUUCUUGGAGUUUAUGAUCUUAAAAGCUCAAAGGAAGAACGUGAUACUCUUAAAAAUAAAAAUAGGAAAGAGUAUGAGAUGCUCAGGAAACAGUCCCAACAAACUUACAAACAAAAUGACACAAGCACCCAGGUAAAGGAAAUCUCCAUAAGCAACAGCAACGAAGAUAGCAAAGAGGGAAGUGAAGUCCUAAAUUCAUCUGCACUAGAUGAUACUGCUAGUACCAGUAUGACCCUUUCACCUCAGGCAGACCUCUCGGCUGGUAAAAAUCGAGCAGAUGAUCUUAAAGUAUGUGAAGCUGAUAAUGGAAGUGAAAUCACUAGCAAAACUGAAAGCGAAUCUUCCGAUUCUGACUCUUCUGAAGAGGCUGAUGACAUGCAUUCAUCCCCCACACCUGAAGAAGUCACACAAGAAAGUGACACCGAUAGGCAUCCUCAGGAUGACACCACUCCUUCCAACAUGGGAGGUAAAAUGGCAAUGCCCCACCGGUCUGAAAAUUUCUCCACUUGGCAGCGAAUUAUUCGCUUAGACGCUAUCCGUGCGAAUGAUGAAUGGAUUGUUUAUACGCCAUCUCAGGCAGCAGUGUGCUCCAACAAGGCACGUGAGUUUGCCGAGAGUGUAUGCCUUAAGGAUUACGAUCACCUGGAGGCAUGCAGGGUCUUCCAUGCUGCACGUUUGGUUUCAAUUCUUGAAGCAUAUGCAUUGUAUGACUCAGAGAUCGGUUACUGCCAAGGAAUGAGUGAUUUACUUUCGCCAAUCAUCUCGGUGGUUGAAGAUGACAGUGAAGCAUUCUGGUGCUUUGUAGGUUUUAUGAAAAAAGCACGUCACAACUUUAGACUUGAUGAGGUAGGCAUUAGGCGGCAAUUGAAUAUCGUGUCAAAGAUUAUCAAGGGAAAAGACUCCCAUCUUUACCGCCACCUAGAGGAACUGCAAGCAGAGGAUUGUUUCUUUGUGUACAGGAUGGUAGUGGUUCUGUUCAGAAGGGAGCUCAACUUUGAACAAACACUAUGUCUGUGGGAGGUGAUGUGGGCAGAUCAAACUGCCAUCAGGGCAGGAAUCACAAAAUCAGCUUGGGGGAGGAUGAGGCUGAGGGCCCCACCGACGGAUGACCUGCUGCUGUAUGCAAUAGCGGCGUGUGUACUGCAGAGGAGGAAGCAGAUUAUAGAGAAGUACAGCAGCAUGGAUGAAAUACUGAGGGAGUGUAAUAGCAUGGCUGGGCAUCUAGAUGUGUGGAAACUUCUGGAUGAUGCACAUGAUUUGGUGGUAACCCUCCAUGACAAAAUUUAGGAGUGGUUAUUAUGUUUUAGCUUAUCUGUUAUUUUUAUCUCCUGUUUUUCUUCAUUUUCACCCUCUUUCAAAGCGCCUUCUUUAGCAUGUGUCUUGCAUUUCAACAUUGCUUUGAACAAAUAUCUGUAUCUCGUUCGAAUAAGUUACAGAUAUCCCGGAACUCUUUGUGCCCGCGCUCGUUUGGGUGACGGUGGCUAAUUUCUUAAACUUACAAGUCUUUCACUGGCCUCUCCAAGAUCCCUAUGUCAGAAAAGGCCAGGUAACUAUGAUGAUAUUAUCUCAAUUGUAGAAUGUUCAUAUGCAAUUUCUUAUUGACUUCA